AUGGUGCUGGCACUGCUGGAGCCAGAAACUUCAAACACAUUUAAUUUGACAACCGAAGAUAGGAUUGAAAUGUAUACAACCGAUAGCGAAAGCUUACUUUCAUUCCAUAUGUCGUCACUGCCAUAUGAAACAUUGUAUUUUUUGCUUGGAAGCCAAGAGUUCAUUGAGGCGCAGCCAUGUUCGGCAGAUGAUCGUGUACGAUGGUAUCUUGAAAAUGGUUUAUUUCGUGAGGCAAUGCUAUACGCUAAUAAGCAUGAGGCAAGCUUGAAAAGUCUUGAUGCUGUUGAUAUUGGUAAACGUUAUCUCGGCUCAUUGAUCGAACAAAGGAGGUUUCACGUUUUCGAUACUUAA